AAUUCAUUCGGCGUUUUUCCCUGAAUAGAAAACAACAAAACCCAGUUUACCAAAUGCAGUGUAGUGACGUGCAAAUUUCUCGUCAUGGCAUGACCUGUAGAAAGUAGCUGGCGCAGCAGUCCACGGUGUUGAGUCAAUGUUGCAUCUGCGAGCCUGUUGGGAGACAGAUGAUAUAGCGACCAACUAACGUCACCUUGAUACCUGGAUCAGACUGUGUCAUUGAUUUUCUGUCGGUUUGCAGUUAUAGUCAGCACUUUGUUUAGACUGCCAGAUCGCAGGCUUGUGACCAAUGCUCUCAGUGAGCCACCUUCAUACAGAUUUGUAAGUUGCUGCAAGCUAGCGUUAGCUCGCUGCCGCUACCCUUCCGACAUUGAAGUGGCCACAUAAACAUGCGGAUCAUCGAGGCGGAGACCCCUGGGACAUCUCUAAAAUUACACGCUUUCUGCAGGACACGGGUUUCGACUGAUCGCUGACUGGACUCUGCAGAGCCAUUAUAGGGAUCUCAAGGACCUGAUUGCCCGCUGAACUUGAGCCUGUCAGACACAUUGCCAGAGACCAUGCUGACCAUCCUAGCUGCUGGGUCUGUGUUCUUUCCAGGCCUUUUCCUACUGUCAAAACAAUGCCUAAAGUCCAUUCCAGCAUUGAGAUGGAGUGAAGGAGAUGCAGUCAUUGUGUCUGCCAGGUUGGUGUCGUCAGUUCAGGCAGUCAUGGCUUCUUCAGCUGGAUACAUCAUUUCUUCUUCCUGCAAGGAUAUCAUUGAGGACCAGCAUUGGCUGACUAGCACUUAUAUCCUGUUUGCUGUUCCCUACUUUGUGUAUGACAUCUACGCGAUGUUCAUGUGCCACUGGUACAAGCUGCGGGUCAAAGGGCAUGAGGAGGCCUCGGCCGCACCUCAGCACAUGAGCUUAGCGCUGACCAGCUACCUGCGUCGUGAGUUCCUCAUGGUGCUGCACCACGUUGUCAUGGUCACCAUCUGUUUCCCCGUCUCUGUGUUUUGGCGACAAGGAAAGGGAGAUUAUUUCCAGGGCGUAAUGUUUAUGGCUGAGCUCAGCACUCCAUCUGUCUGCUUAGGAAAAAUUCUCAUCCAGUACAAACAGCAACACACUCUCCUGCACAAAGUGAAUGGGGCUCUUAUGCUGAUCACUUUUUUCAUCUGUCGAGUCCUCCUCUUCCCUUAUCUCUACUACGUCUAUGGAAGGUACGCAUCCAUUCCCUUCCACAUGGUUCCCUUCUCGGUACCCUGGCAUUGUAACCUUGGUGCUGCUCUGCUCAUGGCUCCCCAGCUCUAUUGGUUCUCGCUAAUUUGCAGGGGCGCUCUGCGGCUAUUCAUGGGCACCUCUCGCUCUCGGCAACUGCGCCCGACCACGGCUGCGCCGAAGGAGCACCAGGUGGACAGCGACGCCAAUGGCUACAGCAUGCGCUCCACAGAGCCCGAGCUGGCUACUCACUGAGAAGAGUGGAGGGAAAGGAGGUGAAUGUACUAGUGAGUAUGUAAAGGAAAGCUGUGAGGGAAAAGUGAGACUUGAAUCAAGUAGCAAUAUGAAGAAAGCUACAAAUGUGCUGAAGUCUCUGUGGCCAGCAGUCAGACUUUUAUAGCUAAAAGAAUUGGUUGCUGGCCUUCAAGUACUUCAGCUUCACAGUUUGUAGGAAACAAAUGAGAGUAUUGCUGGACUUUUUACAGGAACUUGGACAGAUAGGAACACGCACUGACCUGAGAAGAAUUUGCCUGGAUGCAUAGGUGGCUGUUUCCCUCUUGUAGAUUAAAUUCAGUCCUCUCUGCCUUACAGUACAGGAAGAGCAGGAAAAUAGGAAUGUAUUAUAUUGUAUGUUAGUACAUUUGCUGUAGAUGAAAGGCCUAUUUCAGUUUAGUAAUAAGGAAGACCUUCAAAGAAGAAAACCAUCCUGGCUAAGCAGUAUUUUGACUUGCUAGUGUUUAUUAUCUGUAUCCUCUAUGUAUUUACUGUCAUUUUAACAAAUGUAACAACCUACAGAUUGACUCAUCUUUAGAAGGGAAAUAACUUAUGAGACUGUAUUCUGCUGCCUUAUCCCUUUUCCCUAUUCUUUGCAAUUUAUUUUGUUUUCUUGUAGGAGAAGGAAGAGGUUUUCGGUGUACAUAGCCGAUGUAAAAUUGUCCUUAUUUCCAUGUCAGUAUUAGGUCUGCGUUGAUUUUUUUUUUUUUUUUUUUUUUUUUAAGGUUUUGUCUCAUUUCUGUAUCUGUUAUUUCUACAGACAUUUUGGAACAAUGCCGUUUCAGCAUUAAAACAAAACAUUAUAGUUUUACCUCUUAGUGUAUGCAGACUACUCCCAACAAUGCUUCUUGUCUCAGUGUAGAUAUUAUGUCAUUCCAUUUACUGGCAUCAGUGUUUUAUUUUGUUUUUUUUUUUGUUUUUUUUUUUUGUCUUUUGCAUACAAUGAAGUGUUGCACAGUAGCAGACACUUUAAGCUGAAUUUACAUGUUUUGUUUUUGUAAGUUUGCAGCUGAUGUAGAUCUCAAAAUAUCCAUUUGAUUGGCUAGAAAAUCUCACUAAGUGAUCCAUGAGAUUUGAGUAUUUUGAGCUUUGAUAGACACUUCACAAGGAAACAAAGGUGAAAAAUAAUCAUGUAGGAAAGCAUUCCUUUGUGAUUGACAGGCAGCACAUCUGUCCCUGGCAUUUUGUUGAUUUUAACCAUUAUUAUGUGUAGUAAUUGUUUUUAAACAUUGUAUGAAUUGCUCCAAUCAUUGAGCCAUUUAUUUGAACCACUGGUUCUAUGAACCUCCUAUGAGCAAACAGGCUUGUAUUGUUAUUUUAUGUAUGCACUUGCACAGUCCUGGAAAUGGGUCAAGUAAAAAGUAACUAACCUCAGAAACCAUCAGGACAGGAUCACACACGCCAAAACGCCUGGACAACUGAGGGCAUGUUGAACGUAUUAUCCAUUCCCCUGUUCCAUGAACUCAAAAGGUACUGCUUCUUGACAAUACUAAAACAUUUCAGCUGAUGUACUGUAUAUUCCACAAAAUGCUUGUUAUUUAUUUGUAUUUAUUUAUUUAUUUAUUUAUUUGGUUUGUGGUUCUGAAUGCAUACAUAUUAUACUCUAUGCUACUGAGCCUUAUGUGAAGGCUGUAUUGUUAUUCAAACCUAGCUAAAAUAUACUUCUGUCCUGA